CCCAUAUUUCGUCAGUCGCCCUAAACUUGCUAUUGCAACGGUCGGAUUCGGUUGAUAUUGUUCAGCUUCGGCACUGACGGUCCUACUAAAUCCUUCCAGUGCAGGCACGGGCUGAAUCGGCCGUCCUGAAAAUCACCGAGAUUCCCAAAGCUUUGUUUUACUGCUUUUUUACUGCUGAAUAGCCCAAGUAGUUUCCCCUGUGUUAGCGAACCUGCACUCGAUUGUCCGUGCUCAACCCAAGUUAGGAAACAUUCUUGGCUAACUCAAGUCACCAAUUCUAGAGGAAGUUUGCGGAUUUCGUACUACGACAACGACGACGAUGUCUUCAGCUGCUGCCAACGGUGUUAACGGCGCCGCAAGCGGUGGUUUAUCUGCGAAUGAUAACAUCACUCGCUUCACUGCUCCUAGCCGACCUCUCAGUCCUCUUCCCGCACAUGCCUUAUUCAACAACAAGACAAGAUGUUUUGUUUACGGUCUCCAGAAUCGAGCUGUCCAGGGUAUGCUGGAUUUCGACUUCAUCUGCAAGCGGCCCACACCUUCAGUCGCGGGCAUUAUCUACACUUUCGGUGGCCAGUUUGUCAGCAAGAUGUACUGGGGAACCAGCGAGACCCUCCUCCCGGUUUACCAGGAGACAGCCAAGGCCAUGGCUAAGCACCCUGAUGUUGACGUCGUAGUCAACUUUGCUUCCUCACGAAGUGUCUUUAGCUCGACAAUGGAGCUGAUGCAAUACCCCCAAAUCAAGACCAUCGCCAUCAUUGCUGAAGGUGUGCCUGAGCGGCGAGCACGAGAAAUUGCCUACGUUGCGCGACAGAAGGGCGUGACUAUCAUUGGCCCUGCUACCGUUGGUGGUAUCAAACCCGGUAGCUUCAAGAUCGGCAAUACUGGUGGCAUGAUGGACAACAUCGUUGCUUCCAAGCUUUACCGCAAGGGUUCCGUCGGCUACGUCUCCAAGUCCGGUGGUAUGUCGAACGAGCUAAACAACAUCAUCUCACAAAAUACGGAUGGCGUUUAUGAGGGUAUUGCUAUUGGUGGCGAUAGAUACCCGGGAACCACGUUUAUCGACCAUCUGCUGAGAUACCAACAAGAUCCGGAAUGCAAGAUACUGCUACUACUCGGUGAAGUUGGCGGCGUCGAAGAAUAUAAGGUGAUCGAGGCGGUAAAGCAAGGUAUCAUCACCAAGCCAAUCGUUGCCUGGGCCAUCGGCACUUGCGCGAGCAUGUUCAAGACCGAGGUUCAAUUUGGCCACGCUGGUUCAUUUGCCAACUCACAGCUAGAGACUGCUGCUAUGAAAAACAAGCAGAUGAAGGAGGCUGGCUUCUACGUGCCAGAUACAUUCGAAGAUCUUCCUCAGGUUCUUGCUUCUGUCUACAAGAAGCUUGUCGAAGACAAGACCAUUAUACCCCAACCGGAGCCGGUCGUACCCAAAAUUCCCAUCGACUACUCUUGGGCCCAGGAGCUUGGUCUCAUCCGGAAGCCUGCUGCCUUCAUCUCCACCAUCUCCGACGACCGUGGACAGGAGCUUCUCUAUGCUGGUAUGCCUAUUUCUGACGUUUUCAGAGAGGACAUUGGCAUUGGCGGUGUCAUGUCCCUCCUAUGGUUCCGUCGUCGUCUGCCUGAUUACGCUUCCAAGUUUCUGGAGAUGGUUCUCAUGCUUACUGCCGAUCACGGCCCUGCGGUAUCGGGUGCCAUGAACACUAUUAUCACUACUCGUGCGGGUAAAGAUCUGAUCAGCUCCUUGGUGUCGGGUCUCCUCACUAUUGGUUCCCGUUUCGGCGGUGCUCUUGACGGUGCUGCAGAGGAAUUCACCAAGGCUGCCGACAAUGGCCUCAGCCCCCGUGAAUUUGUUGACUCUAUGCGCAAGCAAAACAAGCUCAUUCCGGGUAUUGGUCACCGUAUCAAGUCGCGGAACAACCCUGACCUCCGUGUCGAGUUGGUUAAGGAGUAUGUUCUGGCCAAGUUCCCAAGUCACAAGCUGUUAGAUUACGCACUAGCAGUUGAGACAGUAACCACUUCGAAGAAGGAUAACCUCAUCCUUAACGUCGAUGGUUGCGUUGCCGUCUGUUUCGUUGACUUGAUGAGAAGCUGCGGCGCUUUUAGUGCCGAAGAGGCCGAAGACUACAUGAAGAUGGGCGUCUUGAACGGUCUAUUCGUGUUAGGCCGCAGCAUUGGUCUGAUUGCCCAUUACCUUGACCAGAAGCGACUACGCACCAGUCUGUACAGGCAUCCUUGGGAUGAUAUUACCUACCUGCUCCCGACUCUGUCAAAGACCGGACCGGUUGGUGAAGGCAGAGUUGAGGUCUCGGUGAAAUAGAUGAACAGCUGUUGUAUUCUAUGGCGUAUUUAGAGGUAUCGCAUUACAAUGCACUCUUUCUCUUGACAAACGGGGCGAGUCUUACUAGAUAGUUGCACAGGGGUAGAGAUAACUACAUUAUAGCUCAGCUCGAGGCUGAUCUUCAGGGGAGAUUUACUAUUUAGUUCAGCAGAAGCAUGGCCAGAGCAUGUUUGACGUUUGUCACAUAAUAUGAAAUCGUAAAACUCCUUUUUUUCUCUCUCUUUCUAUUUCCCUUAAUCGAGUCAUGGUGAUAUUAGAAGAGGUUUUAUAACAUUACGUAGUAUAAUACUUUGAUUUUUUAUUCAUUUAUUUGUUCAUUUAUGGCAAUGAUCUUUUUAGGUAUUUAUUUAUUCAUUUAUUCAUUCAUUCAUACUGCGUAGUUGAUGCAGGAAUUGUGAAGUUAUCAACCUAGCUGGGCUUAUGUAAGACUCUAUCUAUGGGUUAGGUACCUACCUU